AUGGUUAGUGUCCCAAAGGAGUCGUGGGCGGAGCCGAUUAAAAGAUACUUGGAGGAAGGAACCUUGCUUGUGGACAAGAAAGAGGCCCAAAGGUUGGUGUAUAAGGCAGCUAGAUACACCUUGAUAGAUGGGGUUCUAUACAAGAGAGGGUUCUCAAUGCCACUUCUGCGAUGUGUAGAGAAGGAGGAGGCGUUAAAGUUUAACGACGCCAUUCACAAGGGUAUGCCCCACAAGUUCUACCAUGGCCGAACUGGGCGUGUCUGGAACAUCACCAAGCGCGCUAUUGGUGUGGAGGUUAACAAGCAGGUUGGGAACCGCAUCAUUAAGAAGAGGAUUCAUGUUCGUGUGGAGCAUGUCCAGCCCUCUAGAUGCACUGAGGAGUUCAGAAACAGAAAGUUAAGGAACGAUAAGCUCAAGGCCGAGGCCAAGUUUAAGGGUGAGGCCAUCAGCACCAAGAGGCAGCCUGAGGGUCCCAAGCCAGGUCUCAUGGUCGAAGGAGCUCAGUUGGAAACUGUCACCCCCAUUCCUUAUGAUGUUGUCAACGAUCUCAAGGGUGGUUAUUAG